CACACGUGAAGACCAAAAACACUUGAGCACGAGCUGACACCGCGAUCACCUGCGUUAUUUCAUAGGCGUUUCUCAUUAAAGUCUUGAAGUGUUCUUCAUAAGACUUCAUCCAGCCAAGAAGAAGAGAGCAGAUGGGGAUUCAAGACAGGGAUUAUUAAGUUGAUUAUGAGUUCUAGUAAACGCCAGAGUCGCGAGAAGAAAGAGACAACUUCACUCUUCGGGGAACCUGAUUUGGAUGAAACACUUUUGUCCUCAACUGUAAGGCAGUGAUGGAAGGUGGUACUUUAACCCCAUCUGCAAACCUACCCCAGAGGAAGAACUAUCAUGGCUGCCAACCUCAGGGACAGCACUGGAUGACUCCCGAGAUAUCUGCCCAGUUGCAGGUUUGCAACCAGCUACGCAAAGCAUCAGAAGCAACUAAUAAACCCGAAGAUCAUGAGGCAUACCAAGCACAAUGUAGAAAAGUGCACAGUAUGAUGGAGGAAAGCAAGGCCAGUCUUGGUUUAGGCCACUUACCUGCACUUCCUUCUCAGUAUGGUUAUGGAUGGCAGAAUGAUCAUGGGUACAAUGGCUAUCAGCCCAGAGGCCCAAUGGGAAAUUCAAACUUCCAGCAAGGUUCUGGAAAAUACUUUCAGGGAAAUAACAGGAAGCCCAUCACUUGUGGACCUUGCAAUCGAACAUUUUACAAUAAACAGAAACUUGAAGAACACCUUAAAGAUCAUGUUGAAUGCCCAUUUCCUGAGUGCAAACUCAGUGCACAUAUCAAGGUUAUUGACCAACACAUAAAUAACCAACAUAUGCUUGUCAACUUUGCUUCUUUACAAAUUGAUGAUGAGACGUGGAUUGCAGAGAGAAAGAAACGCUUUCCAAGUAUUCAGAGAGCAGAAAUACGAAGAGCAGAACAAAUAGAAAAACUGAAGAGGGGAGAGAAGCUGGGUGUAAGUAAAAAACCUUUUAAGAAUAAAAUCAAAAGUAUUACAAGUAAGAAUGAAAAUGAUACAGCAGGGGAGAACACCAAUAGUGCUAGUAAUGCAACUACAGGUGUUAAACGAGAGCAGGCACAGAGUGAGAGAGGUAAAGACGAAGGCAAACGUAAAGGGAAAUUCAGAAGGAAAAGACAAGAACAGGAAGCAUUAAACAGGCUACCUCAGGCAGUCAUGAAAGUAGACCUUUUAGAUUCGGAUGAUGAGACAAGGGAUGGUGUGCGUGCCUUCAGAGGAACCAAAUGCUUUUAUGAAGAAUUAGGAGAAGUCAGUUACUUUGGAAACAAGAGCAUAAAUGUUGAUAAAGAGGACACUGCAGAGCAAGAGGAGAAUAUUUGCAUAAGUGAUGAUGAGGACUGGCAGGAUGAAGAUAAUAAGGCAGCAGAUGAUAAAGGACAACUUAUUUUAGGAGGUGCUCUGGGAUCUUUAAUGGGUGCUUACUCAGACUCAGAGGAUGAAAGUACUGAUGAAGCAGUUACUAGUCAAGAAAAAGUUAACCCACAGUCUGUGCCAAAGAAAAAUGAUGAAGGUUCCUCUGCAAACGAUAAAGCAGAUGCCUCUAUUGAAGUUACAAAGAGCCAAGAUAAGUCUGGUGAUACUGCAGGGACCCAAGAUAUGUUAGUUGAGGUUCCAAAACAAGAAUCUUCUGUCAGUGCUGAAGUGAAGCAAGAUACAGAACAAAGUAAAGAAUCUACAAACAGAACGAGAAAUAGAAAGAUGCAACGCAAAAAAACACCAAAAGGACCUCCCAAACCUCGCAAAAUGCCACGAAGACGCAAGACUCUUCUGGAAAAACUUCUGCAAGCAGAUAUUAUACAUGAAAGGAAUGUAAUUCUACAGUGUGUACGAUUUGUUGUAAAGAAUAACUUUUUGGAUGGUAAAAAUAGUGUUAUUGAUAAGAAAAUAAAAGAUUGUAUUAAAGCAGAAAAGGACACUGGAGAAUCCACUGCAAAUGAAGCGAAGAAAUCUGACAUAGUACAGCCACCAAAAAAAGACAAUAGCUCACAAAUUGGUAACAUAUCAGUGCUUACAGACAAAGGCAACCAGGCAGAUUUAGGACCUCAGAUAACUAGUGAAAACAGCAAAACUGUUAAAGUCAUAAAGAAUAAAUGUGAUAGUAAUAAAGAAGCAGCUAGGAGGUUGAAAAAGCAACUAUUAGAAGAUGAUGUAGCUCAUAGUAAUGAUGCUCCCAAAAGGAGAAAAAGUGAUACUGAAGAACUUUCAAAUUGUGAGGAAACUAAAGAUGAAGUACAAGUUAAGAGAAUGAAGUUGAGUGAAGAGGAAAAGUCAGCGGGUGCAUUUAAUGAGGAUACUAUCAUCAAUGGAGAUAAAAUCGAUGAGAAGAAAGAAAGUGCAGCCGUAGAAACAGAUAGCAAAAGUGAAUCACAGAGUGAAAACAAUGUUGAGUCAAUGGAAUGUGAGAAUGCACCAGAAAAAUUAACUGACAAGGUACAAGAAGGCUUAUUAGAAGCUAAGAGAAUGAAGUUAAGUAACGAGGAAAAGUCCGUGGGUAUGUUUAAUGAGGAUACUACCAUCAGUGGAGAGAAAGAUGGCAAGAAGAAAGAAAGUGAAGUAAAUAAAACAGAUGGUAAAAGUGAUGACAUGAAAGAAAGUAAGGCAGAAAUUGCAAAUCAUAAAGAGGAAAAGGAAGAGGUAGAAAUGUUAGAGAAUAACAUUACAGAUUCACAGACUGAAAACAAUGUGUAGUCAGUGGAAUGUCAGAAGGUAUUAGGAAAAUUAACUUACAAAGUACUGGAAGGCAUAUCUUGAACUGUCUCAGACAAUGAUUAUAGCCAGCAUUAUCAUACUAGAAUGGAAAAUUAAGAAAAAUACCUUUAAUGUGGUAUGAGAUACUAUUAGAAGAAUAUUUAAUGAAUUUUAUUGUCUUUAAUGUACUAUAUUGUAUUAUUUCUUUAUGAAGAAAUGUGAAAUCAGAUGUAUUCAGUUUUUUUCAAGCUUUUGUGUUUAAAACUUCGCAGGUUAAAAAUAGCUGAAGACAUUUUUUUUGUGAUUCAUCACAGAUACCUUAGAGUGACUUGUUCUGUUUGAAAGAAAAAUCCUUUAAUAGCCUUUUUAUAUGUGUAUAUUCAGUAUGUUAUGAAACCAACUCAUUUAUGUUGAAUAAACCUUUAAAAAAAG